CGCGCGGUUGCCCCUUAGCGCCUCGGGCACCUGCCGUGCGCCGGCCGCGGGCGCCUUCGGGGCGGGCGGAGGGCACGGGAGCCCCGACGGGCCUGGGCUCGGCUUGGCAGCAGGACAGGACCUGGUCCGCUCCGAAGCAGGGAGCCUUGGAUAGGCCAGGAGUGGGAGGAAACCCGGGAGCGGUGUGGAGCGCUGGGCAGGAUGUACACGCUGCUGUCAGGCCUGUUCAAGUACAUGUUUCAGAAGGACGAGUACUGCAUCCUGAUCCUGGGCCUGGACAAUGCCGGAAAGACGACCUUCUUGGAGCAGUCAAAAACCCGGUUUAACAAGAACUACAAGGGGAUGAGUCUAUCCAAAAUCACUACCACCGUGGGUCUGAACAUCGGCACUGUGGACGUGGGAAAGGCCCGCCUGGUCUUCUGGGACUUGGGGGGGCAGGAAGAGCUGCAGUCUCUGUGGGACAAGUACUAUGCAGAGUGCCAUGGUGUCAUCUAUGUCAUCGACUCCACGGAUGAGGAGAGACUGUCGGAGUCCAAGUGGGCGUUUGAGAAGAUGGUUACCAGUGAGGUGCUGGAUGGCGUCCCCAUCCUGGUGCUGGCCAACAAGCAGGACGUUGAGGCUUGCCUCUCCAUCCCUGACAUCAAGACCGCGUUCAGCGACUGUACCUCUAAGAUUGGCCGGCGCGACUGCCUGACCCAGGCUUGCUCCGCACUCACGGGAAAAGGGGUGCGCGAGGGAAUCGAGUGGAUGGUGAAGUGCGUCGUGCGCAAUGUGCACCGGCCACCACGACAGAGGGACAUCACGUAGGCGUGGCCCUGCCUGCGGUCACACACAACUCAUCCCAAGGCCAGAGGCCCUGCCAGCUCACUACUUCCAGUUGUGGGGGUCGGGUUUUCUGUGCCUGUUUGCUUUGUUUUUUUUCUAAGACAAACUUUUCUGUGUCCAGAAAAGUGUAGGUUCCGGAGGCUUCUGCCAGGGGGAGUCGGGGUGACCGGGCCAGGGGCUGCUCAGGUGCUACCGCAGGACCUCAUCUGACCCCCAGUGGGUCCUGUGGGAGCCUGCCUGGCAGUGGUUCUUCAGAGCCAUGGCCCUCGGGAGCUCCUGGAGCUGCUCUGUGAAGUGCGCCCACACGGGGCUGGUGGGGCCAUGGCUGCCUGCAGCUUGCCUCCUCUGGCCCUGAAGGUGGCUGAGGUGGCUGGGGACUGGUGUUACCUCCAGGGAUGCCCAGCCCAAGUCCCUGAAGGCCAGCAGGACCCUGGGAUUUGAUGCAACCUCAGGACAGGGAAGGGGAGGUCUGCCAAGGAGACUGUUGCCCACUGGCCUGACAUUACGUUUUGAUGCACAGCAAGGAGGGGAAAGCUGGGAGUCAGCGUCCCCACCUGCCCCCAACCUGGGGCAGCCGCUGUUGCCAGCUUGGGAUACCUGUGGGGGUGGGUGACCUGCGGGACAGAGGAAGGCUGGUGGAGCCUGGGUUGGUGUUGCACUGGGGCCGUAUUCUCAGCUGCAGGUGAGGGCGGGGAACCCCUCAGGCCUGGGGACCCCCCAGAUGAGUCGUGUGCAGUCAGCAGCACUCAGUGGGCCUGGUACUGGGCAGGAGGCCGUCUAGUGGGCAUUGGCCAGUGUGGGCAAUAAAGGGACAGUCUGAGUGGCUCCUGUCCAUCGUUCCUCCAGGGGCCCAAGGCUGGCUUGGAGACUGGCUGCCUGGGCACAGUGACCAUGGUGUGAGGGCCCCUCCGGCCGGAGCCAGCGCCUGUCGGCUCUGCCCGCUCGUUUCCUGGUCACAGCCAGAGGCCUGCUGGCUUCGUAUCUGAGGUCACAGCCCACCGGACUGCCUGCCCUCCUCGGGCGUUCUGGGAGGAAUUCCUGAGAAAGGGAUGAGUCAGGACUGGGGGUUCCCAGCUGUAGGUGAGGUGACUCAUGACGCAUUGUGGGCUGGGAGGUCUCCCCUGUCCCCUGGGCCCCUCAUGAGGUCAGAUAGGGAUCUCCAGUGCCUAGGGGGAGGGCGGCCCGCCCUGGGAGUCCCCAGGCUGCUCUGAGCAGUACCGUCAUCUCCACCUGCCCCAGAGGGGAAAAGGCCUGUGUCCGCAGUGUCGGACACACCAAGGCCAGGGCAGGUCUUCCCUGGGAAGUGCCCUGCUGGCCAGGAGCAGGCGGAGCUCCCAGGAGGAGCAGGUCCUCCUGGGGUGCGCAGGCUGGUGGUGCUGGCCAGUCCAAGCUGUGUCCUCUAACGCAGCAAGAGCCCCCAAGUUUUGUGCCACCUCCUGGGCACAGCCCCUGCUGAGCCUCCCCCAGCCAGCCCCAACGCUCCAUGCAUUCGCUGAGGGUGUAGUUUGAGGCAUGGGAUGAGCCCCACAGCCGGAAGGGACCACCUGCCACCCACUGCCGUCAGGAACAACCCGCCCCGCUCUUGGGGGACUCCGCCCAGUCCUGAGUGGGAGGCAGCCAGAGGGCUUGGGAAGAACAGGGAGCGCCUGCCCUCGCGUUUCCCCCCCCCCAGAAGUCCCUCCCAAGUUCCAAGCAGACACAACAGCUUCACGUGCCCAGGGUUACAAAUUGGCUUUAUAAAAAAUAAACUUUGUUAGUGCCACAGGGACCCAGA